AUGACUUUUAACAUCAUGUCUACCAAUCGAUCAAAGUACUCUUUUGAAGUGAAUGGUGUUGUAUUGAAUCCAAAUGCACUUGUAUUGCAACCAUAUACUUGGGCACUUGUUGAUUAUGGCCUUGUCAACAAGGUUACAUCCGACUAUAUUACCUCGAUUACCAUUAGAUUCAAAGGAGAUGUUGCCGCCGACACUUUAUCACUCUUUGAAAUCAAUCUAGUUUAA